UAUGCAGCCAUGGCCAAAGCAGCGAAAACCUUCGUGAAUGAGACCCUGGACAAGAACCCGGUGGUGAUAUUCUCCAAGAGCUACUGCCCCUUCUGCAAGAAGGCCAAGCAGGUAUUCGACGGACUCGGUGUCUCCUACCUGGCCGUGGAACUGGACAACCGGUCGGACGGCAGCGACAUCCAGAAGGUGCUCACCGACAUGACCGGUGCCAGCACGGUGCCCAGGGUGUUCGUCAAGAAGCAGUGCCUUGGCGGCGCCUCCGACGUCGAGGACAUGAACCGCAACAACAAGCUACAGCCGCUGCUCAAGUCCCAUGGACUUCUCAAGUGAAUGGCCGUCAUCUUAUAACUCGA